AUGACCGCCUCUGUGAAGAGGAGGUGUUCGUACCGAACUUCCAUCCCAUCGGCUCGCCCUCAACAUCUUUCCCGCUUGUACUCUCCCGAAAAUCCUGUGUGUCACUGUGACGAUAUUCCCACGACCCCAGACACUACUCUAGUAGCACGAGAAAUAUAG